AUGAGCAAACGUUUCCGUGCAGCCAAUGCAGCAGCAAGAGGCACCUCUGCCCCCCUUGCACGGCCACUUAAGGCAGUCAGCAGCGAUUGCAGCAGGAACAACGACAGAAAGGAGACUAGCACAUCUUUGAAUUGCCCUCGUUGUGUGAUACUUAGAGCAGAUGAUGAGGGCACUAAGGUGGUUGUUGGAUGGAAAGAAGGACUUGUGGCCUCCAAACCCCCCAGUAUUACAAAGCCGCCGACAGAAGCAGUUGAUGUUGUGCCUGUGGAGGUGCGGAUCGCACCGGAGACGCAAAAGGCCCUGGGGCUGUCACGUAAAACUCAGAAGCGUCAUGUCUUUCUUCCUCUGUGUCUCCUAGGGCCCCUCGGUGGCCAUGGAGCUGCCGAGGCGUAUCACAAUAUCGAGUUGACUGCAAACUCCCCGGCCGACACUCAUGACCCUCGGCAUGAAGAGGAACCCACUAUGCCUCCUACAGCUGGGGAUACAAGGCCUCUGCGCCAGUCCCUGCUAGAGGCGCUAAAGCAGGCUGUAUGCCGUGCCCUCAAGUGGAGGGUCAAUUCGUGUUAUGGGGCCCCCAUGCAGCUGGUGGCUCGCGUGGCAAAACCGAAAAUGGCGAGCCCCCCUACAAUGCAGCCCUCUGACCAAGCGGUUAGUCAAACCUCUGACCAGCAUGCUGCAGUUGGCCAGGCAUCCGAGGUCAUAGAAGGAGACCCUACUCCUCCGUCGCUGCCACUCAAUUCCGAUGAAGAGGUCCUGAGGGUUCUACAGGAACACUACGGGCCUCUUCUCACAAAAUACGAUCGCCAUGCGCACGCCUCUGCGUGCAGCAGCAAAGCCAACAAUAGUGCUGCCCUCAGUAGCGAUGAGAGCAGCAACGAUGGUACGAUGAACAGCGCGGAGUGGGCCUCGUGUAUUUCAGUCUUACGCAUCUUGCGCCUACCCAGGGGCCCUAGGCUCUCUCUGGAGCUCCAGAUAAAGCCUUCACUGCCUGACUUAUCGUUUGCCAUGAAUGAAGCUACAGUGCUUAUCCCUCCCCCUCCCCCGUUGGGAGAAAUGAAAGCCCCUAAGGGGCCUACAUAUAGUGACAACGAGAACCCCCCUCCCUAUCAGUUGUUGUCUUUGUACAAGUUCUUCCCGGUGAAGUCUCCCUCAGCGUUUGCCGAGCUGCUAAGGGCCCUUUGGGGACCUCGAGGUGUUCUUGGUAGGGUAUAUGUUGCUCCAGAAGGAUUCAACGCGCAAGUUGCUGCCCCCUCAGUGGUGCUGCCUUGCAUGACAUCGGAAAUGGAGCGGAUACCUGGGCUAACGAGCGGCCUGCAGGUGACUCUCGACUGUCUUGUCCCCUUUGAUCAGUAUUGGAAGACCCCUCCUUUCGAUGCUUUGCACAUAAGAACUCGGCAACAGGUGCUCAGGGAUGGUUUUGAUGCCCCGUUGAAUUGGGAAGAUUGCGGAGAAGAAGUCGAGCCUGCGAUCUGGCAUCGGAAAGUGCGAGAAAUGCUGCAGCAGCAGCAACAACAGCAAAGUCAACAGCAACAACAAGAGCAACCACAACAGCAGCAAAAACGAAAGCUAGUGCUCCUGGAUAUGCGAAACGCUAGCGAGUACGCUGUUGGCCACUUCAAGGGCGCUGAACGCGUAGACACCCCAACCUUUGCAGAUUCGUUUUCUCCUGGUGGCCCCCUCGAAGCCGCGCUGUUGAGGGCUGGGGUGAAGCUGCCCCAUGGAAGAGACUCAUGCGUUCCGGGCAGCAGAUGCAGCAGCAGUGGGGAGGACGUGGAGGUGAUGAUGUACUGCACAGGGGGCAUCCGUUGUGUUAAGGCCGGGGCAUUUGUGAGGCAAGUCCUGGGAAUCCCGCGUGUCACUCGCCUGAAGGGGGGCAUCCUGGCAUAUAAGAACUUUGUCAAGAACCUGCGCGGGGAGAGCCUUACAGAUAUAGGUGAACUUGCUGAACUGGACGCAGGGCCCUCGGCUCCCAGACACUUCGCACCUGCUGCCUCUCCGCUCAGCAGGGAUGCAGGUUUCACAAUAGUUGGCAAACAGGAGGAACAGACAGGGGGAGGGCCCUCAGCAACGGAAGGACAAGCCUCGGUUCCGGAAAGCCUAUUUGUGGGAAGCAAUUAUGUGUUUGACCAUCGGAUGUGCCAGGAAGUAACUGCAGACAUGUUGGCUCAGUGUGACCUGUGUAAUGGACCCACGGGGCGCCUUUCCAAUUGCAGCAACAGAAGCUGCGGCCGGCGAAUGGCCAUAUGUGCUUCAUGUUGCUCCUCUAUCGGGAUCUACUGCUCCUCAGCCUGCGCCGAAGAAGGAGCGAGACAAAAAGACAGAGACAACCACGCACGAAGACAAAGGCGCAUGCAAGCCAGAUACACGCACAACAGGUUUAUGCAACAAAGAGGACUAUGGGCCACCAGAGCACAGCAGCUCUUAGCGGCUCUCAAGCAUGGCACCGCAACCAACAUUCCACCACGUAUGCCAGAUUUUCGUGGCAGCGUGGAAGAUAGUUUAUCACGAGAUCCCCGAGAGGACUGGCGAGAAUGGAGCCACAGAGUGGCGGCUGAUGCGUCGUCUCCCUCAGCACUGCAUGCAGCUCUGCUCGAGCAGGGGCGGCAAACAGCUGAAAGCCUAACUGGGAUUGGUAAAGAUGGCCCGCAGUUUUGGUCGGGGCACUUGCAGUCUAGCAUCCUCUCAGCCAUCAGCAGACUCCAGAGACCCCGGUCAAUCCUGGAGAUCGGAGCCUUCGUGGGCAUCUCCUCCCUUGCUCUAGCGGAAGGCCUGGCCUGCGGGGAGGCAGAGAGGAAAGAUUGCAUUGGUCUCUUCGCCAUAGAGCAGGACCCCAGAGCUGCGUCAGCAGCACGCAAUCUCGUCAACGCUUCUCCGUGGAGCAGUCUGAUUCAUGUGAUCGAAGCAGAUGCGCUGGAACUGCUGCGGUCUUCCACUGCAGGCUCAGGGAAAAUCUUAGACGGCCCGUCUUCUCCGGAAGGCAUGCGGGUCUUCCGACCUCCAGAAAGAGGGUUUGACCUCAUCUACCUGGAUGCGGAAAAGAGAAGAUACGCUGAGUAUGUUAGGAUUAUUCUAAAUCCUCAACGGCCCCUGCUGGCUCCAGAAGGGGCCCUUGUAAUUGACAACACUCUUUGGCAUAGGGGACAGGACGGCAGGAGGCCUUCCUGGUGGAGCGAGUUUGACACCGAAGGAGACUCUGCAAAGGCAAAGAGGUACAAUAGGAUUUCUGAGGACAUGAAGGCCCUAAGAGACGCUUUGCGAAAGGAUUCUCGUAUUCUCCACGUACUGCUACCUGUUGGAGAUGGUCUCUCAAUCGUCACUUGGGCCAAGCAAGAGCCACCACUAAAGACUUACUAA